AUGCCGUGUGGUUCCCAUCUCUUUCCCGCGGAUGUCGUAAAUGGUGACUGGCGAGCCGCCGCUCCCUCCGAGACCGCUGACCGGCCCGCAGGCGCGGAGGGCGAGUUCAAGCUGCUGGAGCCGGAGCGCGUGGCGCGGCUGUGGGGCGCGCGCAAGCACAAGCCGGCCAUGAACUACGAGAAGCUGUCGCGCGCGCUGCGCUACUACUACGACGGGGACAUGAUCGCCAAGGUGGCCGGCAAGCGAUUCGUGUACAAGUUCGUUUGCGACCUACGACAACUUAUCGGCUACGACGCCGGGGAGCUCGCCGAGCUCGUAAAGGGCGUCCACGACGGCGGGGCGUGCGAGGAAUAGCUGGCUUCUACGACAACACGCCGCAGAGCAGAAUGGGGCCGCUCUCCGUGUGGUUAAAGGCGAUUGAGGGUACUUCAAUUCAGCGCUACGAAAGUAUUCUUCAAAUGGGUUGACGUGAUGCGAUGGCUGGUCAUGAAACUGAUGUUAUACUUUUCAGUUGAAAGAAGAUAAAUUGUUAGAUGCGAGCUUGCAUGAAGAGAGUUAUGAAUGUGGAUGAAGCGAAGGAAGUGUGCAGAGAUCGUGGCAAGUGGAAACAUGUGGUCUCUGCUUCUCCCUCCGGAAAAAAAAUGAUAAAUUCUUACUAUCUUGAUGCAGGGCUUUGACUCGACGGCAUAUGAUGAGAAUACGGGGUAGACAGAGCCAACAGUCUUGAAAAGACUGAAUGGCCACGUUCAGCUAUUUGGCUUAAUGAUAGAAUUGAGAUUCAAAUAGUGACAGGUUGCCUGUAAUAAUCCCAAGUUUGUAAGCCUAUCCCUUAGUCGCCUUUUACGACAUCCAUGGGAAAGAGAUGGAGUGGUCCUAUUCUUUUAUGUAUAGGUGCCGGGAACCACACGGCACACCUUUAUUAAAUAUAAAUGAAACAUAUGUACAUCUUUCCAAUUAGGUAAAUAUUGUGAAAAUGAUCUUUUUGACUUUUUUAUUAUUGUGUAAAUAUAAAAAUUUAUUAGGUUAUUAAGUUUGAAUAAGAGUGUUCUGUAAAA